AUGUCGCAAACUAGUGCAUUUCCAAUGUUUGGCAAUGGUGGUCAAUUUCAUGCUGAUGGUAAACCAACAACAUCGAAUAAAUUCAAUUUAAAUGCACUUUUGGAUUUUUCAACAUUACAACCAAGAGUUCAAACUCAUCUUAAAAAUGUUUAUAGUUGUUUAUUACUUAGUACAUUAUGUGCAACAAUCGGAGUUUAUUUAUCCAUGGCUGGAUGGUUAAAUUAUCCUCGUUUGGCUAUAUUUGCAUCAAUAAUAACAACUGUUUGGCUUUUUACGCUUGAUUUUAAUGCUCGUACACAAACGAAAUGUUUUGGUUUAAUGUCUGCAACAGCCUUAUUUACUGGUAUUUAUUUAAGCCCAUUAAUCAAUCUGGCUAUUGAUGUUGAUCCACAAAUUGUUAUGACAGCAUUCUUAUUAACAACAAUUAUUUUUGUUUGUUUUACACUCAGUGCAUUACUUACACAAAAACGAACAUAUUUAUAUUUAGGAGGUAUCCUUGGUACGGGUACAUCAAUUAUGUUUGUACUUAGUUUGAUGAAUUUAUUCGGACGAUCUCAACUCCUUUUUAAUGUAAAUCUUUAUCUCGGUUUAUUUAUUGCUUGUGGUUAUAUUUUGUAUGAUACUCAAUUAAUUGUUGAACGAGCUACUCGAGGAGAUACAAAUUAUGUCAAACAUGCACUUCUUCUUUUUGUUGAUAUGGUCGAUUUAUUUGUUCGCAUUCUUAUAAUUUUACUUAAAAAUUCACAAAAUAAAAACAAGAAGAACAAUAAUCGUUAA